CCGGGUCGCCGAGGCCGCCGGUGGCGGCGCACACAGCCGUGUCCGCUGGUGUCCAGUCUAUGGAGUCAGUUGGCGCGGCCGGCGACUCGGAGGCAGGAGGUGGUGUCCGAGUGGGGGCCUCUGCCCCGCCAGGAUGUUUCCGGGCUUGGCCGCCGCCGUCGCGGCGCACAGGUGCAGCUGGGCGACGCUGUGCAAGCUCGGUGGCGGCCGGGCAGUGACCCGCGGCCGCAGCCAGGGAUGGAAGAAUUUAAUGACAUUUGGAAGCUUUACGUACAUGGUUCCCAACAGUCACCCACAUGCUUGUACUAUGAGUAAAGUCAAGUUGUACUCCACAGAAGUCCACAAAGGAGGGCAGGGGUCACAAGCUCCAAGAGCAGGAAAACCCCUGGCACCUAAGGAAACAGCAGAAAAUAUAGGCGCAGAACUCAAAGCUCCACUUAAACAAGAUCCUCUCCAAGUAAGAGUCAAAGCAGUCCUUAAGAAAAGGGAGUAUGGACCAAAAUACACUAAAAAUAAUUUCAUCACUGGAGUGAGAGCAAUAAAUGAGUUCUGUCUUAAGUCCAGUGAUUUAGAACAACUUCGAAAAAUCAGACGACGAAGUCCCCACGAUGAUACUGAGUCCUUUACCGUGUUCUUGAGGUCAGAUGUGGAAGCAAAAGCUUUGGAAGUUUGGGGAAGCCUUGAAGCGCUUGCUAGGGAGAAAAAAUUGCGUAAAGAAGCAGAAAUAGAAUACAGAGAAAGACUAUUUAGAAACCAAAGAAUAUUAAGAGAAUAUGGUGAUUUCUUGGGAAACACAAAGCCGCGCUCCAGGACCCUGUCGCUGUUCCUUAAGGGGCCGGGAAAAGUGGUGAUGGUUGCUAUCUGCAUAAAUGGCUUAAACUGCUUCUUUAAAUUCCUUGCCUGGAUUUAUACGGGUUCAGCAAGUAUGUUCUCAGAAGCUAUACACUCAUUAUCUGAUACUUGUAACCAGGGUUUGCUAGCACUGGGCAUCAGCAAGUCCAUUCAAACACCAGACCCUUCUCACCCGUAUGGCUUUUCAAAUAUGCGCUAUAUCUCUUCAUUGAUUAGUGGUGUUGGUAUUUUCAUGAUGGGCGCAGGACUCUCUUGGUACCAUGGAAUCAUGGGAUUGCUUCAUCCUCAACCAAUGGAAUCCCUUCUAUGGGCAUAUUGUAUUUUAGCAGGAUCUUUGGUAUCUGAAGGAGCAACACUUCUUGUUGCCAUAAACGAACUUCGCAGGAGUGCUCAGGCCAAAGGAACAUCAUUUUAUAAGUAUGUCAUGGAAAGUCGUGAUCCCAGUACAAACGUUAUACUAUUGGAGGACACUGCAGCUGUCUUAGGAGUGAUAAUAGCGGCCACCUGCAUGGGCCUCACCUCUGUAACAGGCAAUCCGUUGUAUGACAGCCUGGGUUCCUUGGGUGUGGGCACCUUACUAGGUGUGGUCUCGGCAUUCCUGAUCUACACUAACACAGAAGCACUCCUAGGAAGAUCUAUACAACCAGAGCAAGUGCAGCGACUUACUGAACUCCUGGAGAGCGACCCCUCAGUAAGGGCAAUCCAUGAUGUUAAAGCUACAGAUCUGGGCUUAGGAAAAGUCAGAUUUAAGGCAGAAGUCGAUUUUGAUGGACGAGUUGUUACACGAUCAUACUUGGAAAAGCAGGAUUUUGACCGCAUGAUGCAAGAAAUUCAAGAAGUAAAAACUCCUGAACAAUUAGAGGCCUUUAUGCUUAAACACGGAGAAAACAUUAUUGACACUCUAGGAGCUGAAGUGGACAGGCUCGAGAAGGAGCUGAAAAAACGAAAUCCUGAAGUUCGGCAUGUAGAUCUAGAGAUCCUAUAGGUCUGAUGAAUGAGUCACUUGGGACACAGAGACAUCUUCCUCCCCACUGAAGGGGAAUCGGUGCCGUCCAGAAGCUGUGCUUCUUAAGAUGGAUGGGAUAUUUCAUGUGCUGAGCAAUCGAAGAGGCCGCAGAACUAAAACUCCUUUCUUCUAAUCAUGUCUUCAUGCUUCUGUAGGGACCUUGGCUGCUUAGAUCACCCACAGUUCUCAUUUUAGCCGGUUGGUAUCGACCGUGAAUCAUGUUUCCUUUCUUAACAUGGUAAAGUAAGUGUUCCCCAUGGACUUGUAACUUCGGGUACCUCUGAAGAUUUUAGUCCAUUGAAGUCUUCUAAUCUUGAAUACUCUGGCUAAACCUUGUUGUGUGGUUUUCAAACAGUCACCGUGUUUUGAGGUCUGUCUUUCCUGCCCAGUUGGGAAAGUAUUUCUGUAUACUUUGUGGUUUCGACCUGAACACUGAGAGGCGCACUCUCCUAACUUCGUUAUCCACAGAUGUUCAUUCCAGAAAUGGCGCAGUCCUGAAUGGAGGGAGACGUUUUAGCAUCUUCUGGAUCAUAGUAGUUGCCACUUUGUAAACUUUCUUCUUUCUCCUUCAUUUUUUCCUUAUUUGGCUUAAUUUUUGUAAUGUUAAAGACACGAUCCUGGACGUGUAACUCCUUUUUUAAACUGGCUUCAGUGCCAGACUGUUUAUUUACUGGGAAUGACUCAUUUUUAAAUGUCCUAACUUGCUGUAAAGUGGACUAGAAGUAUUUAUAAUUUUACAGGCAGGAUAGCAUUUUGUUUUUAAUUUAUUUAAAAGAAGGCACUACUUAUGUAAAUCUGAAUUGUGGGAUACUUUUUGCUUUGAGGGAGAAGUAAAUCUCUUACACUGAAACUCGUGUGGCGGUUUUGUGUGCUGUCGGGACCAGCUGUGCGUCUGUGUCCUGAACAUUAAGUCGGGCGCUGAGCGGAGUUCACUGCUGUAACACAUUAUGUGAGCAGAUAGCUCACUGAUGACUGCAAAGUAGCAGGGGAAGAAAUGUUCAGUUUAGUAACUGAAGACUCAGUAAGAAGCUGCAGCUGUCACCGCCCAGACAGCUCAGAGAUAUGCGAGCAGCGAGCAUCGUUCAUACGAGCAGUGGCUGCUCUCUGGGCGAGAGCGCUGGGGGCACAGCCCUGACAGCUCUGGAGUUCAGUGUCUCCAGACUUUCUGAGAUGGAGAUUUGUGAAUUACAGCAAACUGUAAUGUGGAAACAAAAAAUAAACCUCUGCUUAAAGGUUAUGUUAGAGUAGUUUUUGAUCCAGAAAUGACAGUUGGUAGGAAAUUGUGAGGAUUUAUGCAGUGCUUUGUGUAACCAUAGGGAGCAUGCUUAUUACCCUUUGGGUUUUGUUGCUGAGUUCUUUCUAUGGAGGUCAGGCCAGCCUGGAACUCGCGGCAUAUAGCUAGUCUCUCUGAAGACAUAAAAUUGGGGCCAGCUUGCCACCAAACCUGCCAACCCAGGUUUGAUCUCCAGGACCCACUUAUGGAUGGCGAGAACUGAGCGCUCUGUGUGUGCCAUGGUGUGCCCCUUCCCACAUUUAUGAAAUUACCUUUUUAAAGAAAUAAAAUGCUUGUGCUGGGGUGGAGCUCACUAGUAGAGUAUUUGUCCGGUAUGUACAAAACCUGUGCUUGACCCAUGCCCGUAACAGUCAGACAGCGUAAGUAACACAUAGGACUUGCUUCUCUGGUCUACAGUUCCGGAACCUUCUUUCUUAACUGUCCUCACCUAUCACGACUCCCCUGUGGUUUCAGUUUCUUCCCGCAUUGCACACUCCCCACUCGUCUUUCCGUGCCCCUGCCACAGGGAAAGUGCUGAGCUAUAUCCUGCUUCCUCACAUAACUGGGCAGCAAUAAUUAAUCCCCCUUUAAGCCCCUCAAAACAGACAUCUAGAAGUUAUUCCAAGUCGCGUAGUUUUUGAACCUGAAGCAGUGCCUGCUGUAGCACACACAGGCAUGUAGUGAGUUCUCCAGAACCUGGAAGGCUGGCUGUGGCGUCCCAGCUCUGCCAUCCCGUUCUCCUGCGGGGAGGAGGCAGGCACAGGAGAGUAGAGGGCAGGCUGAGGGGAGCAGCAAAGAGACCAUCUCAAACACGGCGAACUGCAAGGAGCAAGACUGUCGUUUGGUCCCUCCCCAUACAUGUGCAUACAACAUUGUCCUCAUAUGAAUAAGUACGCAUGUACAUGCUUAUGCAGAAAGAUCAGUUCUCCUAUUCCUUUGAAUUUUUAGAUCUGAUUCAGGUUAAGAGUAUAACCCUAAAUGGUAAUUUGCACAAUGUCUUUCUAGUUCUGGUAUUUUAAAGUUUGUUUGUAUAAAUCUGACAUAUCUGUAAGUAUAUGUGAAACCAGAAAAUGUAUGAUCUCUAUUUACUUUAAAACCAGGGCCAGUGAGAUGGCUUAGGUAAAAACACUUGCUGCUAAGCUGGAUAACCUGGAACACACAUCUGUUAAAUGCUAUGCACCAAAGCAAGGCUUAGAGAAAUAUUUAAUUAGAGGAAAACAUGGGAAUUUGGAGAAACUAGAUCUUAGUUUUAAAGAAAGAGGCACAAAUUUCCUGGCUUUAAUCACAGCCUAUAGCGUGCAUACGGGCGGGCGCAUGUGCAUCACAGCAUGUUGUGUGGAGGUCAGAAGGCGACUUGCAGCACGUGGUCCUCUGCUUCCACCUGCGCCUGAAGCAGAGCUUCUCUCAUUUCUGCGCCUGUGCCCCAUGAGCCUCCCGUAGCUCAGUAUAGGUUGGGAUUACAGACUUGAGCCACCACACCAAGUAUUUUUACAUGGCUUCCAGGGGUGGUUUGUGGGGCAAGCACUCCUAUCCUGUGGGCCAUCUUGGCAGUCCAGGAAACAUUGUUUUAAGUGGAGCAUCUUGGUGGCCAGUAGUAUCCGUUGUCAAAGAGGUAGGAUCCUGAAUGUAUGCUAAGGAGCGCCUGCAUUAGAGUCACAUUGGAAAAUUUCCAUAAUUCCUCAAAAGAAAGUUAAUCCUGAUCGCCUAGUGCCCCUGAGUCAUCGAGAGAACAGAAGGGAAGGUUUGAAUUCUCAGUGCACAGCUUUCCCGUGCCAUUUUAGUUAGCUCAUAGCUGGAGUAUACUUCUGCUCAAAUUAUGCCAUCUACAGAAAGACUGACAGAAAAGCCACAGAGAGUUUAUAUCACCUCAGAUCACGUCUGUAAAGUCUUGGUGACAUGUCUCUAAAAUGUGAUGACCCCCAGUUUGCCAAACUGUCAGAAGUCAGUGAGGGGAAGAACUGAAGGUAGAGUGUCCGUUCAGCUGGCUACCCCCGAGUCCCUCAUCCUGCCUGAGACGGAACUUCACUAUAUAUUGAAGAUUGGUCGGCUCCUUUAUAUCUGUAGUUUCUAGCUUGCCUCCCUAGACUAUGGAGAAAGGCAAUUUUCAUUGCUGUUACAUAGUGUGUCCUCUGUCUGACUUGACUGAGAUAAGAUGGUCCUGGCCCCUCAGGAUACCUUUUUCCUUAGUUGAUACGGAAGUAAGAGCAACUCACCUCUUACUUUGGGAUUUUUUUCCCCUAGUAAAUUAAUGUUUUUUGAAUAUGUAUGCUCUUUAUCUUAUAUGCUAAAGAGCUUAACUCUAGAAUGUCACAUUUCACUCUGAAAGAUGAUCACACCUUCUGACAGAAUUUGUCAUUCAUUGUCCUUGUUACCUAGUAAAUAUUUUCUUGGUUUUACAGAAUUCAGCAAUAAUUAUUAGCAUAUGGUGAGGAUACCUUGUGUUUGCUAGAGAACCCAGAAGGUUCUGUCUCUUAGUUAUGUGCUGUUGUACUUUUGUUAAAGCGGGAUCACCCACCCGUUUAGCUGGACUGCUGUAGGGUGUGGUGAUGGGGACUGAACCCAGAGCUCAUGCUUGCUAGCCCAUGCUUGACUAGAGCUGAACCUGCAGCACUGAGGACUACGAUCUAGAGCCAGCCUCUGCUGCGCUUCAGGGUGGAUCUCAGACCAUCCCGAAGGGAUACUAGCUUUAUAUUCUUUCUCAUGAACAACUAAGCUAAUUUUAUCAUCGGUAUUUUGAGAGGGUGUAGUUAUCUCUCCAAAUUAAAAACCUAUUGAAAAUAGAAGCGUUAUAGUUUAGAAUUUUGGAGAAAAAUACAGAAUGUGUAUACUCCAAAUAUGGAUUCACUCAUGUACUCUGUCUUUCCCUCCGUCUACAAGGGUUGUAAAAGCUCUGUAUACUAGUGAAGCUCUUCUGCUUAAAAAGUGCUCAGCAAGAUUGCAGAGAUGUCUUGGUUUCUCACGAGCUCCUGCUCUUCCCCAGCUCCUACAUCAAGUUGCUCAAGCAUCUGUAACUCCAGUUCCUGGAGAUCUGGUGCCCCCUUCUGGCUUCUGAGUGCAUCACACACACGAGUCGUUCAUAUACAUACAUGCAGGUACUCAAACAUGAAAAAAAAAAUCUUUUUAAAGAAAAACUAGAAUUUAAGAAUAAAAAGCGCUCAACCAGCUGCCUGUUUUGUGUUAACUGAGAGUUACUGCAUUUCUAGGAGGAUGUGUUAUGUUCGCCUGUGGUAUCUACUAACAACAGAGCUCUGUUUAGAGGAGGUCCAGCUAAGUCCUCGGUUGCACUGGUCACAUUUUAUGUGCUCUGCAGCCAGUGUGAUUACCGGCCACUGUGUUGCACAGGGUGGGUAGGUUUAGGACACUUCUCUUGUGCCUGGCAGAUCCUUCCAGUGUGGUAGUCCGAAUGUCUUUACUAUGUAGCCAUGGAUACUGCACAACAAUAGAAGCCAAGCUGCUUUUAGAGGCAGAGGAAGGAAUGGUAGCUUUCUGUCUUAGUUAGGGUGUCUACCUGGGACGCGACACCUUGACUAAAGCAACUCAUAUAAAAGAAAGGAAUGUGGGCUUGCUUACAGUUUCAGAGUGCUCCCACACUCCCCCAUGCGGCGCAGCUAGCUGAGAACUUCACAGCAUGAUCCUCUGGGCUUGGUAUGAACUUUUGAAACUUCAAAGCCCACCCAGUGACACAGUUCCUCCAACAAGGCCACACCUUCGGAUCUUAAUCCUUAAAUAGUUCAGCAACUGAGGGCUAAGUGUGCAAAUAUAUGAGCCUACAGGGACUAUUCUCAUUCAAACCACUAUGCCCCCCCCCAUGUGUUAGUAUGUGUGCUGUGCAAGUUUAUGUGUGCAGGUGCACAUAGGCCUGAAAAUGACGUUGUCUUCUGUUGCCUUCUUACUGAACCCAUAACUCACCAGCUGUAGCUAGUCUGGCUCGGCAGCCUGUCCCCGGGUCUGGGGCAUUGGGAUUACAGGUGUUCAUUGGGCCUGCCCAGCUUUUCCGAGGCACUGGGAAUCAAAAUGCGGGUCCUCCUCACACUUGUAAGGCAAGCACGCACUUUAUCCGCAGA